CGCCGGGUCCUAAAGCCGCGCGCCUCAGGAGGAUGGUACGCCUGGCGGCCGAGCUGCUGCUGCUGCUGGGGCUGCUGCUGCUCACGCUGCACAUCACGGUGCUGCGCGGUUCGGGAGCCGCCGACGGGCCGGACGCGGCCGCGGCCAACGCCAGCCGGACGCAGCUGCAGAAUAACCUCAACAUGGAAAGUGCCUCGACAUCGGAAACCAGCUCUCCUCUCUCCAAAGAAACACCGGGGGAGCAUUCGGACCACCAGGCUGCACACCAACCAUUCCCCAGACAGCAAUUCCAUCAAGAGGCUGGGCCCCCUUCAUUGCAAAGAGAUGGUCCCAGAUCCUUUCUCCUUGAUCUACCAAACUUUCCAGAUCUUUCCAAAGCUGAUAUCAAUGGGCAGAAUCCAAAUAUCCAGGUCACCAUAGAGGUGGUGGACGGUCCUGACUCUGAAGCAGAUAAAGAUCAGCAUCCGGAGAAUAAGCCCAGCUGGUCAGUCCCAUCCCCUGACUGGCGGGCCUGGUGGCAGAGGUCCUUGUCCUUGGCGAGGGCCAACGGCGGGGACCAGGACUACAAGUACGACAGUACCUCAGACGACAGCAACUUCCUCAACCCCCCUGGGGGGUGGGACCGUCCGGCCCCAGGCCACCGGACUUUUGAAUCCAAAGAGCAGCCAGAAUAUGAUUCCACAGACGGUGAGGGAGACUGGAGUCUCUGGUCUGUUUGCAGCGUCACCUGUGGGAACGGCAACCAGAAACGGACCAGGUCUUGUGGCUACGCGUGCACUGCAACCGAAUCUAGGACCUGUGACCGUCCAAACUGCCCAGGAAUCGAAGACACCUUCAGGACAGCUGCCACCGAAGUGAGUCUGCUUGCGGGAAGUGAAGAGUUUAAUGCCACCAAACUGUUCGAAGUUGACACGGACAGCUGUGAGCGCUGGAUGAGCUGCAAGAGCGAGUUCCUAAAGAAGUACAUGCACAAGGUGAUCAAUGACCUGCCCAGCUGCCCCUGCUCCUACCCCACCGAGGUGGCCUACAGCACGGCCGACAUCUUCGACCGCAUCAAGCACAAGGACUUCCGCUGGAAGGAUGCCAGCGGGCCCAAGGAGAAGCUGGAGAUCUACAAGCCCACGGCCCGGUACUGCAUUCGCUCCAUGCUGUCCCUGGAGAGCACCACACUGGCCGCCCAGCACUGUUGCUAUGGCGACAAUAUGCAGCUCAUCACCAGGGGCAAAGGAGCGGGGACGCCCAAUCUCAUCAGCACUGAGUUCUCAGCGGAGCUCCACUACAAAGUGGACAUCCUGCCCUGGAUUAUCUGCAAGGGCGACUGGAGCAGGUAUAACGAGGCCCGACCUCCCAACAACGGACAGAAGUGCACAGAGAGCCCCUCAGACGAAGACUAUAUCAAGCAGUUUCAAGAGGCCAGAGAGUAUUAAAGAGACACCACCUCUGUUGCUCGUGACACAAACACACUGCACUGAUCCGCCACCUGGCACAGAGUCUCUCUUACCCGCAUAAAUGUAUAUGUACAUAUACCACGUCUUUUUCAUAAGUUACACUAGGGGUGUGCGCCAGGCCCUUGUGACUGCCAUCUGAAGCCACCGUUGCCUCUUCAAUGCCAAUGGCUUCCUUGGAACUCUUCCUAGGGGGGAUGUCCUCAGGAGGAUGGGGAGAAAGAAGCUGAGAGAAGAACCUGGAGGUCAUAGCAGGUGGGAUUCAACUCACACCCCAGAUCCAGCGUUUCCGAGAGAAGCAAAGGGGCAAAGAGAACGAAGUUGUAAACGUGAUAGGCAGUUUUUAUAUAUAACUUAUUUAAUAUGAAUGUGACUUAUACGUCACCUUUUCUCUGGAGUUGUCAUCGUGAAACUAUUUAAUCACUUCCAUGAGAGUUCAGAAAGGGGCUUAGGGGGAUGGAAGAGAAAGGGAAUUUUGUAGUAAUGACUUCUUUAAAAAUAAAGAAUUCAACAGAAAGAUAUCAAAACAAGAAAACACCCACCUGAAACCAAGUGUUAGUUAGCCAGUGAGGUACCUUGAUGAAGUCUCAGCUUCCAAAUGCCCUUGCUUCGGCCUGGGUAGGGAGUGGGGGGCAAGUGGGUAUUUUAGGAGAAAAUCUGAGGCCUGGUUUUAAAUGGACUUUAAAACAAAGGCCAGUAUUAACACAAUGCUAUGAUUCUACUAAAAGACCCCAGAAUAGAAUUUCUGCUCUUGCCUUAAUAGGUUCAGAAGGCUACAGGAAGGUCAGACAUAAAAACAAGGAGUAGCACUUUUCCAAAGAAAAAAUGCAAAACAAAUGGGGAGAGAACAUGAACUUCAUUUCAUCUAUUUUAUUUUAAUACCAUCUUAACAAUUUUGUUCUCCACAAUAUAUUCUCAGUAAAUAAAUGUAAAAACAAGGAGAGGAACUCAAGUCUAGGAAACUCUAAUUUUUUUAUGUUUUAAGAAAGAAAAAAAAAUACAUUAUUUUUGUAAAGUAUUUAUUGAGUCACUGAGUCUUGUGCAUCAAGCAAUUGUAAUAUGGCCUGGUUCUGUAGGGUGGAACUUAGGACAAAUAAAGAGUUGGUUCUUAUGCAAUCUUUACUUGCAAAACUCCAGGAAAAGAGAUUACAUAAUAAAAUCAUAAUAAAAUGUGUUACCUACAGUAAAUGUGUUACCUUCAAAUAUUUAUGAUACAAAUUCCAUAAAUAGCCCUGGUAAAGCAGGGCUUCAAGGCAGGGGAGAGGAAGGUUCAAACCAGGUAGAAUAAAAGGCUCAUUGAUUGAUGUGAUGGUGGGUGGUAUAAGUCAUAGCAUCUUUGGCACCAAGAAUAUCAACCCUGCCCCCAGGAGGCUAGAGCUCAUUGAUACACGUGCAACUUUUUGCCCACCCAGAGCUAAGAAAGAGCUAAGAAAUCCAAGCCAGAGCAAAGGCUUAAGACAGCACAGGUGAGUGGGACUGCUUCCAGACAAAAUUCUGCAAUUACAGUAAUAAGUAGAACUCCUCAUUGUGCAAAUUAUUCCAUUUCCAGAUGAGGAAACCAAAGCUCAGAAAAAAAUAGAUCACAUUGGAUCUAUCAUUCAUUUCCUAGUCCAGUGCUCUAUCUACUAUAUCAGCCUACCCUUAGGUUCUCAUAAUAAAAUCUUGUUUUAAUGGAAAAGCUCUUAUCAGUCAUUUACACUUUAGAAUGAGUUAUCCAUG